CUUGUUACCAAAAAUCUUCUGAAUUAUCAUUUCCUACUGGAAAAACAGCUUAAGCUUUCAGUGAAGUAUAUGGUGGUAGAUUUGGAGUCUGACUUUUGGGGCUAUGUCUACUUAGGUGUCUUGGACAAGCAGGAGAAUUAUGGACCUGGCUUCUGAAGCCAUACUUCGUGGAUCUGAGUUGGUUCUGUCACUGGUAAAUGGAUUCUACAUCUUUAUUGCCAACACUUUUACAUGCAGAUCUGACAGUUUUGCAUAUUGAGUGUCUUCCUAAGGAUAUUCUUGUGAAAUUUCAAGGCAAAAAUAAUAAUGAGUGUCAGUUUGACUAUCACAUAUUGCAGAGGGAAAUACAGUAUGUCCCCAAAGUGAAGAAUAAUGUGGGCAUUGACGAGUUUUGCCUGGUGGAGGAAAGAGGGACUGGAGAAUGGCAGAGAGGAAGAGUCCUGGAAAAGAAGAAUGAAGUCUAUACGGUGUUGCUCAUUGAUCGGGGAGAUGAACUGACAAUCAAUAGUACUCGAGUAGCCUCUGCUUGCAAAAAGUUAUUUGAGCUCCCACCCAGAGUCAUAUUUGGCAUUUUUGCCAACAUACUCCCAGUUGGAGAGAAAUGGUCUCCCAAAGCUUUGAAUUAUUUCAAGUCACUGGUAGGAAUGCAGGUGAAAGGCAAUAUGCAAACUAUUUUGCCUCUUCAAAUGAUUCUUCUUGAGGCACCCAAAGUUAUAUCUGGGGUCCUUGAAUUACAAUUAGGGAAAUUUAUUGACAGGGAUACAUUUCGUCUUGUUGUGGAAAUAUUAAAUGAAAUACCUCAGCCAAUGCCAGACUUACUGCAACAUAAAAGUCUCGAGUUGCCAUCAAGUAGCAAGAGCACUUUCCUUGACAUUCAAUGUGUCCUAGAUAAUUUCCAGCCAUCUGUACCAGUGGGAAGUUUGGACAGUAUCAAAGUGUCAUCUGCACUGAGCCCCAGUAAAUUUUAUUGUCAAUUACUUAAGCAGAUUCCAGAGCUAGAAGACCUGGCAGAGCGUAUGAAUUUGCAUUACAACACAGUCAGUCAAGAAACCACAUGUGACAAUUUUGGAGUCCUGUGCGUUGCUAAAGGGACAAACGGGAGGUGGCAAAGAGGAAUUCUCCAGCAGGUCUUGCCAGAUAAUCAAGUGAAAAUUUGGUUCAUGGAUUAUGGUGGCAGUGAGUCUGUACCUUCCGUCCACGUGAAGAAACUGAAGCAGGAUUUUAUCUUUGCACCGUCAUUCUCGUUUCCAUGCUCUCUGACAUAUUUACACAGUCCAGACCAAGAAGAAAGGAAACAGCAACUGACUAUAUUUAAGCAAGCCCUUUUGGGACAUGUAGUGCAUGCCUACAUUGACUGGUUCAGUGAGGAUGAACGUCUGUAUUAUGUGACUUUACAGUCUCAAAAAUCUGCAGCUAAUUCUAAGUGUCUGCUGAGGACAUGGGACACAGACACACGUUGUCCCACAUCUGAGUCUGACAUUUCCAGUGCCUUAAAUGAUGUGGGCACUUAUGGGACAGACAGUGUUGUGGCUGACGUUGAGCAGUCAGUGGGUGGACUUAAUGAAAAGGAUGACUUAAAAGCAGCUUUUCCUAUUAAAACUGUAAAAAUGGAGGCUGGAUCUACCUACAUAGCAUUUGUAGUGAAUGUACUGAACCCAUCCAAUUUCUGGGUACGCAUUAAUAAAUACCAGAGAAAAUUUCAAGAGUUAAUGAGAACUAUAAAUAAGUUUUAUAAUGCACCUGAAAAUAAUGAAGUAACUCUGAGGCACCCUGGAUCUGGAUUACUAUGUUGUGCCAGAUACAGCAAGGAUAGAUGUUUCUACCGAGCCAUCGUCACGGACGUGAACGGCCAUCAGAUUAAUGUCUACCUCCUGGACUAUGGAAGUACUGACUCUAUACCAUUUUUUGAUGUAAAAAUUUUGCUUCCAGAAUUCUGUGAGUUGCCUCCCUUAGCCAUGCACUGUUCCCUGGCACAUAUAGCUCCAGUGACAGAUGUGUGGAUAAAUGCAGCAAUAGAUUAUUUUAAAAAAAUCAUUUUGAACAAAGCAAUUUUGCUUCAAGUUAUAGCAAAAAGAGACAACAAGUACAUGGUGAAUAUUCAGAAUGUUGAAGCUCCUGAGAACACUGAUGCUGUCUCUCUGAUGCUACAAGCUGGGUAUGCAGAACCUACAGAGGUAGCAUCAGGUUUCCACAAAUCUGUAAGAGACUGUGUAGUGUUAAAGCUAAAUACACUUCAUGAGAACAGUGUUGUGACCUCUGUCCCUAUCAAAAGACCUAAGCCUGAAAAGUAUCAUUCCAAUAAGCUGAAAGAAAAAACCUCAUCUUUGGGCAGGUUCCUGGAUUUAAAAGUUUCCUUCAACUUGGAUUUUGAACCCAACUCAUCACAAUCUUAUAAGGAAUAUGUGUUCAAACCAGGAAAGCUUCUUGAAGUCAACUGCUCCUACUGUCAUGGCCCUGGUGACUUUUCAUGUCAGCUUCAGUGUAAGUCAGAAGACUUAAAGCUACUGAUGGAACAACUUCAAGAUUAUUAUAGCAUGUACCCAGAGCCAUAUCAGACUGGGAAGGUAGCUUGUGUUGCUAAGCAUUCCAGAGACGGGAAGUGGUACAGGGCUGCCAUCUUAACUCAAGUAUCAGAACAAGAAGUUGAAUUAAUAUUUGUUGACUAUGGCAAUCAAGAGCGAGUGUUCAUUAAAGACCUUUGUGCUAUCAACCCACAUUUUCUUGCCUUAGAAGCCCAGGCUUUCAGAUGCUGUCUCAACUAUUUAGUUGAGCCCAUUACCUAUAAAUUAUUAGACUGGACAGCAGAAGCAUCCAGAGACUUUGUAAAUUUCAUAUCUUCAUGUGGAGGCUUACUUACCUGUAUAGUGUAUGCCUUAGUUCUCAUACACCCUAGAUGCUUAUGUAAUUUAGUAGAUUUACAAUCACCAUUUACCAGUGCAAAUGAAUUUCUCCUUCGCCGUGGCUCCACCCACCACAGCGUAUUAUCCAGGCCACUCCCAUUUUCAAUUAGUCUUUAUAGUUACUAUUACUCUUCCUUUGAUGUAAAGAUUGGAAGUGAAGAAGAUGUAUAUAUAUCUCAUGUAUAUAGUCCCAAAAGGUUCUAUUGCCAGCUUUGUAGAAACAGCAAGGAUUUAGAGAUGCUGCAGACAAGAAUCACAGAGAUGACUAACCUAAAAAUGUGUUCAAGAUAUGACUGGAACAGAAUGAGAUUGUGCAUCACUAAGUACAUAGAGGAUGGGCUGUCAUAUAGAGCUUUGGUGAAGCCAACAGUGUCGUCAUCUGACACUUGCGUUUAUUUUGUGGACUAUGGGAAUGAGCAAUUGGUAGAAGAAAAUAAGCUGUGUGCCAUUUCUGACCAGUUUCCGGAGCUGCUGUUUACGCCUAUGCAAGCGAUUCAGUGUUUUCUGUCAGACCUUAGAGAUACUGAUAUUCCAGGAGAAAUCAAUAGAUGGUUUGAAGACAAUUUCUUAGGGAAACCAUUAAAAGCUGUAAUACUGUCUAGGGAAUCAGAUGGGCAGCUUGGUAUAGACUUAUAUGAUGGGUAUCAACAUAUAAAUCAGACAAUAAAAUUGCUACUUAAUGUUUAUGGAGAAAAACAUUCUAAACAAGCCUGGUGUGUGGGAAAGAAUCAGAGGUUAAAUCAGGUAUCUGCUGCUGCUUUAAAAGAAAACACAGAAAGCAACCAUUGCCACAAUGUAAUAAAUAAAACUAGCCUAGUAACACAUUCUGCAAACAAAACAGAUCGAUUGAUGCAUCCCCAAAGCAUAUACAGCAGGAGUUUGAAAUCAUCAGUUUGUUGUAAAGUUGAACCCAUGCCAAAAAGCAAAGUGGAGAAGUCCUCGAAGGAUAGAAUUAAAAAUAUAAAAUUUGCUUCUGGGUCUGCACACAUUCCUGGAGACAGUGACAUGGGCCCCAACUCAGGAGAGAGGGUAUCAAAAUUAUUUACCAAAGAUUUAAAUCAAUCAGCUUCUCAAAGCCUUCAAGUCCUUAUUAGACCUCUGAUCACAAAAAUUUCUCAACCCCACGUUGACUUGAGUACCCAGCUUAAGGGGUCUGUACCCACUAUCCAUAAUCAAGCCAAUUUUCAUAUGGUACGUACUAGGACUGGAAACAAAGCAAUGGGACUCACUGAUGUUUUAAAUGAAAAGACAGAUAGCCAGAAAAAUUGGAACUGUCUGAGCCCUCCGGUGAGAGAUCAGGUAGAAUAUGCUAAUGACCAUGUCAUGUCCAGAGAUGUUACUAAGGAUGUGUUGCCUGAAGAAGGGUCCUUUGAAGUGGAAGUUUUUGAUCAUGGUAAUAGUGCCAUAGUAAAUGGAUCUAAAGUUUAUUCUCUUAACAGGGAACUCUUAACUAUCCCCCAGCUGGCAAUUGGUUCUUUUCUUCACAGGAUACGAUGGGAUGGGCCUAUCGAAAUAUGCAAAAGCAAAAUUGCAGAUUAUUUUCCCUCAGGAGUAAUCAAUGGACCAGUUUUUUGUGAACUUUGGAAGACACAUGAUCAAAAGUGGGAAGUAAAUAUAACUUGUGGUGAUAAAUGUGUCAUCAAGAAAUUGCUGAGGUGGUCACCAUAUCCUAAAGGACAGAAGACAGUGUUGCAGAUGCCUCGGGUCAUCACUCACAGAGUUAGUACCCUUGAAGCCAACAAGGAGGAGACAGGAAGAGCAGAUCCGUGUGGAGGAGGUUCCAUGGCCUUUCACCCAUUCUCCCAACAGCUAGGUGAAGUUCCUUCUGAACUGUUAAGACUCGGGAAGCUUGAAAAAAACGAAAGGAUUUACAUUUUGGAGACUGGGGGAUUUCGUGUGAUGUUACCAAAAAAUCAGAAAACAUCUGAUUUAGCAUUAUUAAUUACUACAGAAGAUAAAAAUUCCUCUUUGUUAUCAAUGGAUGAUAUUGAAAAGGAGUUAAAAGUCUUAGCGGCAUCUAAAAGAAAUUUAAUGUGGUACCAGCCCAAAACAGUGGAGCAGUGGAUGGAUGAGAAAGUACUGGCUUUUGUAGAUUACGGACAGCGUGCAGUAGUGCCCAUAAAUGAUGCCAGAGUACCGAGUCGUGAGAUCAUGAGUAGUCCAAGACAAGGAGUACCUUGUAAAUGGAUUUGGUUGACACAUUCUACCCUUGAGUUCACUGUGUGUUUAUUUGCUCACUUGGAAAUGAAUGUCCCUUCUCUGAAGUAUUUAGCCUACACUUGGGAAGUGGACAUUUUGGUAGAUGGCAUGUUGCUUUGUGGGUAUUUAAACGUAACUACAUCUCAGGUGGAAGAACAGAGAAAACAGCCAUCUUCAGCUACUGUUUUUGGUCUGGAGCCCCAAACACUUUUGUCAUCAUGUGCAAUCCAGACAUUUGUUUGGGCACCACGCCAAAAUGGUAAACGAUAUUCUGGCAUUGCCACUGCUGUCCGUGACCCCUCAGACUUCUGUGUGCAAUUGGAGGAUUUCUUUGAUAGAAUGAAGUGCCUCUUGACCUUGCUUUCAGACAUACCAGAGCCUUUGUGAGAAUUGCCUCCAGAGCUCGUGAUUCCUGGUUCUAGCUGCUUGUUCAAAAUUGAGCUGGACGAUCAGUAGAGCAGAGCAGAAAUUUCCCAAGUUUUGGAUCAAGCUUUACAGCUCAUUUUGAUUGACUAUGGACUUUUUGUUCAUGUACCUUAUUCAGAAGCAAUGAAUCUUAAAUCUGUACCUCAGAAAAUGAUGAACUUGCCAAGGCUGAGCUAUCUAUGUCACCUCUAUGGUGUCUUGCCUGCUAUAGGGAAACUGUGGGAUGAGGAAGUCAGACAGCUUUUUCAAGAUUUCCUAAGCAAGCCAGGAUUAGUUUUUCAGUUUAGGGAGUAUAGUUCUGGAACAGUAUUGGAAGUGGAUGUCAUUCCUGAGAAUGACAGUGUAGCAGCUAUGCUGGUGGCCUCUGGUCUUGUCGUGCAUCCUAAGGAUUCAGCUCAUCCUGAUGGAAUUACUGCUACUGGAUGUUCGAAAGCCUGGCGUAAACCACAGAGCCAAACCAUCUGUUCACUGUUGGACAAAUAUUGUCACAAAAAAGAAAAUGUUAAUUACAGCACUAACAAACAAAAGCCACAGAGGAAGAAACCUAUGAAGAGGAGAAAGGUCGCUAGGCACCUCUUAAGGAAAUGCCAUGCUACUAAAAAAUUACACUCUGGAAAGUUAAAACUGAGAAGAGAAAUCGUUAGUGGGAAACUUAACUCCCAAAGUACAGCUCAUUUGGAGCUAUGUGUAGCAUCUAUGUCUGCGGGAACACCUGAUCCUUUAGAGAACAACACAGGCUGCUUUGGAAACAGUUUUGAAAACCUAUCAACUGAAGGAUUCCAGGAAAAGCAUAACACAAUGGACUCAAGAGCAGUGCGUGCUAAUGAAAAAAUUACAGAACACUUGAAAAGUCCUCAGAAGAAAUGGACUUGAGGUAACAUCAUGGAAUACAAUACACACCUGGACCUGACUUAUUUUUUAUUCUAAAUGAUUUUAAUUAAUCAGUUUACUUAUUUAGUUAGUUUUGGGCCAGGGUCUUAUCUGUACACUUCAAACUUAUUUGGGCCCCAGUGUGGACCAGGCUGGUCACAAAAUGUUGAUCCUCCUGCCUCUACCUCCUGAAUGCUGGGAUUACAAAUAAUGUGUCAGCAUGCUGGAGUAGACUUGAGUUAAGUGAUGAAAACCAAGGCUUUAUCCUAGUGUCAGACUGAAAUGAGGCCUUGGAAACCCUUAGGACUGAGUGCAAUAAGGUCUGUCUAUAAAGGAUGCAGCCUUCUGUUCAUCAGGCAGGUUGCAUUUUCCAAGGAUUUUUCAGUCUUACCCACCUUAUUUAUUCUUACGCAGUGUGACCUGUCAACUAGCCAUCAAAAGCUAGAAUACUGUUUCCAUCCUCUUGGACAUGGGGAGGCUCAUGACUGCUUUGACCAAAGGUAUAGUGGGUAGGAGUAAUGUUAUGCCACUCUACAAGUCUGGGUCAUAAAUGAUUCAGAUUUUUGCCUUAUUUUCUGGAGUAUUUGCACCUGAUACUGUGGAUCAUUGUUUGAGAAACCCAACUACCAGACUCAGCCAAAUUCUGACAAACCCAAGUCCCAUGGGUACAGGGGCUUUAGUCAAUAGGUCAAGCCCCAGACAGUUGUUACCCCCCUCACUGAGGGUGUGAACAUUCUGUGAUACACGCCAACUCCAUUCUGCCCAUUCACAAGAUCCAGGAUCCAUGAACUUCUGAAUCCGAAUCUUUGAGGUAGUAAAUGGGCCAAAGUGGGUGACUGAUAAACCUCUGAAGAUUCAUUAGCUCUCUUCUCAUAGUAAUAUGAAGAGACUUGGUAAUGAAUAAAAUAUGAGCUUCUGAGGAAGGCUUGUAACAGCAGUUUUAGCUGCUUGGUGGUUGUCUUGCUUCCCUGUUUAACUUUGAGAUAGUAAGUCUGGUGAUAGCUGAUGCGCAGCUGUGUAUGAGUUUGUAUUGCUUUAUUUCUUGUAUUUCAUUUGAUUGGCUUUGUGUUCUCUUAUGCCAUGAAAAAAAAAAACUCAAUAAAUGUGAUUGUUUCAAUUUGUCUCCAUAUUUUACACGCAAUAUAUGAGAUAAAUGCAUCUUGAUUUACUGAAUAUUAAGCAUGGAUACCUUUUAAAAGACUGCAAGACUGCUUCAUGAGCAAAAUAAUGAUAAAAGAAUGUAGGUAUCUCAGUAAAUGGGGAAUGUAUUAAAGCCAUGUUGAUGCCUUGCCUAUUAAUAAGACCUCCAGUCUGUCUUUAGAGAGUUAAUUCAUCUCCUGAUAAUCUAGACAUAGUUUUGAAAAUGUAUGAGCUACACAUGCUUUGGUCGGGCUUGUGGAUAAAAGUGGCAGCUUUCCCAUAGUUAAGAACAAGUCUAUAAUUCUGGGGGGAUGUUGCUGACACCUAGUGGUCUUUGGAACUGUAUGAAUUUCAUUUAGCCAUCUCUAUUGUAAAACUGUUUUGUAUUUAUGUGUAUAUGUGCGGGUGCCUAUGAAGGCCAGAAGAGAGAGAACUCGAUACCCUGGACCUGAAGAUACAGGCAGCUCUCAGCCUGUAACUGGGUGCUGGGAACUCUGAAAGAGCAGCAAGGGCUCUGAACAGCUCAGCCUCUAUCUAACUGCUUUUCCUUAAUUUUUAUAUAAUUUAAAUCUUAAAUAAAAACAUUUGGUAUGCCUAAAGUGGGCCAAGCAUACUUUUGAGGAUAAAUAUUAUGCUGAUAAAUAAUUUAGCAAACACGACCGACUGUCUCCCAUUCAUUAUGGGAUGUAGGUUGUUUGUUUGUUUUUCUUUUUCCCGAGGCAGUUAUUUCCCUUUGUUCCUUUGGGUCUCCAGGCCUCCCUUUCUUACUUCCUUGAGGUAAAGUGAUGACAAUAUUUUAAAUUUGUUCCAUGUGUAUAGCUCAUCUCAUGAGUGAAGAGGCCCUGUAAAUAUACAAGGAUAAUGUGUACAUUUUUCUGUGUUUUAGAAAAAUACAUUUUUCUGCGUUUCAAUAUAUCUCCUAGAAGUCUUUCUAAGAUAGGUAACAUAUUAGUAAUUAUUCUUUUUAAGGGCAAUUUGGUAUUUAUCUUUAUGUGUGUGCUUUAAUUUUGUUUUCAGGACCCAUUGUGGCUCUUUGCCACAAUGAAUCCAGCUGUGAAUUCCCUUACAUAGGAUAAUUCAUCUCUCCAGGAUAACUCCUUGUCAGUGAAAUUGCUGGGACAAAGGAAUGUACCCAUUUAAUAGAUAGAUGUUCACACAUUCCCACCAGCACAGCUGAAAUGUCUAUAUGUAAACACAAUCUCACUUCAUUUGUGCCACUAAUGUUUUGCUCCAGCUUUACUGAGGGCCUUUGAAUAGUGGAGAUUGGUAAGAUAAACAGUGUGAUGGAUGUAUACUUAGAGAGAUCACCAUUGUGCUGAAGCAGAUUAAUACCCCUCACGUCCUACAGCAACAUUAGGUUUUUUAAAUCACUUAAACAUUUCACUCUGAUGAGAAGUCUAAAGUAAUUAUUUUCAGUUUUCUGAUUGCUGGAGAAUCUUAGAAACUUCCUGUGUUUGUUGCUUCUGAUUUUAUUGUUGUCUGAAUCGUGUGAUCUUUGCCUUUUGCAUGAGAGACAUCAUGCAAUAUACAGGUAUUUUAAUAGGAAAGUUCAUAAGAAAGCGUUAGACCAUACUGUAAUCAAUCAUAUCUACUUUUAAUAUUGUGACUCUGGAUGUUCACAUAUAAUUAAACUCUUUCUUAUGGGGUAGUUACAUGGCUUAUAGUCUUCCAGGUUCCCUCUUCUGUGUUUGACUUUUACAUUGAAAUAUUAAUUCAGCUAGAGCUUUUUUUUUUAAUAAACUUAAAAAUUAAAGUAUAAUGUGCACAGCCAAAGUGUAUUACUAAAGGAUCAUAGAAAGAAAAGAGUCAAGCUGAGUCUUCACCAACUGGCUACUCAGAAGGAAUCCUGCCACUCCUGACUGCUCCACUGAAGUCCCUGGUGAUUAGAGGCUACUGUGCUGUCCAUGGUAAUUGCCUCCUCCACCUUCCACCUCCUCAGUAACUCCUAAAGCCAAACACAGUAGUUAGACUUGGUGGUUGCACACCUUGAUAUAAGCUAAUUUGUAUAUUAUUUAUUUACAAGGUUUUCAUAUGUAAACCUGGCUAGCCACUGACUACCAGUAGUCUGUCUCCCAAGUAUGGGGUUUACAGUUAUGUGCCACCGUGAUGGCUAAUAGGCUUUCUUUUAAACCCCACUUUAUUUGCUUCUCUACUGAAAAAAGUUGACUAAAUUGUACACUCAUAACUUAUACAGUGUAAUGAGAGUUGUAUACAUUGCGAUGUGAUUACUACACUUAACGUAAUCAACAUAGAUGCCUUUUCCUCUUUCUCAAUGGCACUGUAGAUCAACUUUCUUAGCAAAUCCAAGGAUACAUCAUGACUUAACAGUCACUGCAGAGCUCACUAGUCUUUCUCCUGUCUAAACAUCUCCUGUUACCUUUGCCAAUGUCUUUUCUACUCCUCCACCUCCAACCACUGACCACUACCAUUCUUCUCUUUAAUAUAGUUUCUCUUGCUCAUGUUUUCUCUAUCUGUUGUAGAGCAGCCUGUUUCCUGUCCCUGCUACUCGAUAUUCCACCCAGUGGCUCCUUCUGUUAGGCUGUUGGUGGAUGUUUGGGCUCCUAAUCCAUGACUCCAUGGAGUCGUGGACAUUCUUGUGCAUUAUUCUUCCAGCAGGAUAUAAACUUGAGAGAGAAGCCAACAGUUCACAGGAAACAGAUAGAUUUUUAGUAAAGCCCUGUUUUUGCUAAGUGGUCUAUCCCUUCAUACUUUUAGGAGUGCUAUCAGGGUGCUCAGACUUGAAUUUUCACCAUGUUUUCAUUGUAGCUAUUUUGAUGAAUAGGAUGAUAUUAUCUUGUGGUGGUUGCAUUAUUCAUCUCUCUGCAAGUAAAUCAAAUGUUAUAUGUUUAUUGAUCUCUAUUAUCUUGAGAAUUACAUUUUCUAUGAGGUAAAUCUUUUCUUAUUGACUUUCAUCAAUAUUUAAUCGGAAGAUUUCAGAUUUACUAUCACAAAUUUUUCAUGAUAUUCUCUUACAAUCUUUUAAACAGUGUUAUGAUCUCACCACAUGCCAUCAAGGGUGCUUACUAUUUGCAUGACAACUGUAAUGGUGUAAACAAAUCUUGGUCUCCAGGCUGAUGUCGUCUUGAUGAGACUUUUCCUUCAUCAGGCUUACACACAAUGGUAGAAGUUAUGCUCCUCUCUGAGGAGAUUAUUCACAUAAAUUACUAAACUAACUUCUUCUACACAGCAGUCUCUCUCUCUCUCUCUCUCUCUCUCUCUCUCUCUCUCUCUCUCUCUCUCUCUCUCAUCUCUCUUAUGUCAGUAUGAACUCAUAGACAUUUACGUGACAUUUUAGGGUAUAACCUAGGGCUAUAUUGUGACUUAGAUAAUUCUAAAUUGGGCUGUUAGAAGAUCUUUCAUCUUAUACUCUUGUCCCUAUAGUGGUUUGAAUGAGGGUCAUAGAGAAUAGUACUAU